UAAACAUGACCUAGAUAGAGACCCGACUUCAGUCGCCGCCGUCACGAGAUUCCGCACGGCAUCUCCAUCACCAGCGCCGGCCAAUAGGCGCUCCGCAUAUUCAGCCUCGGCAAGAUUCCAGCCGGGGGUCGCAUAAUAGCCUGGAACUGGGUGGCCGGGACGCCAGUCAAACCACGGAGCAUGAUCGCAUAAGCCGGGGUUGACAUCAACAAUAAUUCGCCGCCUCUCUUGCUUCAUACCCUUCCAUCGCGUUCUACACAAGUCUUCCCACGGCGACCAGUCAAUACCCGGGCCACUUUGCUUUUCUUUUCUUGUCCUCCUCUCAUUCAUGGCGAUAGCGUUGCGUUGACUUGUUCCUGUGUUUCUGCGCUCAUCAACUCCAACUCCAACAUUAACACCAACAUCAUCACUAAAUCGCAUACGCCAUGGGAAGAUCCCAGACCGCGACCCUCCCGCUAAUUCCUCUCCCUCGCGGGACCGUCCUGCUGCCCGGCCUUGCCUACCGCGUCACCGUCAACUCCAGCCGACCCGACUUGCCGGCUCUUCUCGCCUACGUCUACGAGCUCGCCGCAUCAAAGGGCCCGGAUGGCCGCAUCGACUCUAUCCCGAUAGCAUGCGUGCCGGUGUCUUCCCCGCUGGUCGGCCCGGACGGCCAGCUCCUCAUCACCAAUGGUGAGGACCCAGAGAGCGCCCGGGUCGACUCGAUCAACCCGGGCACUGCAAAGAAGGACGAUUUGUUUGGCUUUGGAGUCGCUGCCAAGAUCGUCGGCAUUGAUGGACGCGGGUCUGGCGAGUUCGCGCUGCGGGUUGAGGGCACAAGCAGGAUUAGAUUGGACUCGAUAAUUCGCGAGCGUCCUUUUUUCGAGGCAAAAGCAACUUACUAUGAAGACGAAGUCGAUGUCACCGAUAAGCAGCUGCAAGACCUGUUCAGCCUGCUAAAAAUGCGCUCAAGAGAGCUGGUCACGAUUCUUCGCAUCUCAUCAUUGCUUCCUCGCACAGGCGGCCCGGCCCUCUCCCCCGCAGUCACAAAACGAUUAGAAAUGCUCAUAAUCAGAAGGGAGCUGAAAGAGGCUGGCCUGCUGGCUGACUUCAUGGCCAACCUUCUCGAUGGCACUCAUGAAGAAAAGCUCGGCAUUCUAGCCGCCCUAGACACCAAGGUUAGGCUCACCAAGGUUAUCGAGCUUCUGGAGCGCCAAGUUGGCGGCAUCAAGAACAACUUCAAGAUUACUACAUUCACAACAGUUCCGGUCCAGAUAAUCGAUCGGUUAAAUGAGAACCCUACUAGAAGGCCAAAUACAAUGCCCCCAAUGGCGGGGAUGGGGCUUUUACCACCCCCAGGAGGGAAUGAUCAAAACGAAGACCAAGACGCCAACGAGCUUGAUGAACUUAAGAAGAAGCUGUCGGCAGCAAAGCUACCACAGGAAGCCUCCAAGGCCGUGGAUAGAGAGCUGCGCCGGCUGCAGAGAAUGCCGCCUAUGAAUCAAGAAUACCAGGUCACGAGAAACUGGCUGGAGACGAUAUCUGAAAUCCCAUGGACCGCGGCCACGAAUGAUCGACUAGGGGCCGAUACGCUGACCAAAGCUCGACAGCAGCUUGACCUCGACCACUAUGGCCUGGACAAGGUCAAGAGGAGGCUUAUUGAGUACCUGGCUGUCUUAAGGUUGAAGCAGUCCAUCAGUGAUGAUAUGGAGGAGCAGAUUCGCAAGGCAGAAGCUGAUGCCGCCGUCGCUGAAAAGGCCAUUACCGAGGGCAAGAGCAGUGACACCGCCAAAAUUGCAGACGAUGUUGCUCAAAACAACGCCAGUCGACAAGAGGCGUCCGAAUCUGAACUCGCCAAGCUCCAGAUGCUCAAGUCGAAGCGCACAGUCGACAAGUCACCGAUCAUGCUCCUGAUCGGACCCCCUGGUGUAGGAAAGACCAGCUUGGCCAAGUCGGUUGCAACUGCUCUGGGCCGCAAGUUCCACCGCAUCUCCUUAGGCGGUGUCAGAGACGAAGCUGAGAUCCGUGGCCACAGGAGGACUUACGUGGCGGCCAUGCCUGGGCUCAUCGUGCAGGGCCUCAGAAAGGUCGGUGUGGCGAAUCCAGUCUUUCUGCUCGACGAGAUUGACAAGAUUGGCACGGCGAGCGUACACGGCGAUCCCUCAGCCGCCAUGCUCGAGGUUCUAGACCCGGAGCAGAACCAUAGCUUCCAGGAUCACUACGUCGGCAUGCCGGUCGAUCUGUCCAAGGUCCUCUUCAUCGCCACCGCCAACAGCCUGGACACCAUCCCCGGUCCUCUGUUGGACCGCAUGGAGAUGAUCUAUCUUCCUGGCUACACCACGCUUGAGAAGCGCCACAUUGCCAUUCAGCAUCUGAUCCCCAAGCAGCUCCGGUCCAACGGAUUGGCGGACGACCAGGUCGAGUUCAGCCAGGAGGUGGUGUCCAAAAUCAUCGAGUCGUACACCCGUGAGUCAGGGGUUCGCAAUCUGGAACGUGAAAUUGGCUCUGUAUGUCGCGCCAAGGCUGUCGAGUACGCGGAGGCGAGAGACAAUAGCGCCUUGGAGACGUACCGGCCGCAGCUCACGCUCGAUGACAUUGAACAGAUUUUGGGUAUUGAGAAGUUUGAAGAGGAAAUCGCCGAGAAGACGAGUCGUCCGGGUAUUGUAACGGGACUUGUAGCCUACAGCACCGGCGGCAACGGCAGCAUUCUCUUUAUUGAGGUUGCUGAUAUGCCCGGCAAUGGACGAGUGCAGCUUACGGGCAAGCUAGGCGAUGUUCUCAAGGAAAGUGUUGAAGUUGCUCUCACUUGGGUUAAAGCUCAUGCCUAUGAGCUGAGCCUAACCUCCGAUCCACACGUCGAUAUCAUGAAGGAUCGCAGUAUUCAUGUCCACUGCCCCUCUGGAGCUAUUCCCAAGGAUGGGCCCAGCAGUGGUAUCGGUCAGGCCAUCGCCUUGAUCUCCCUAUUCUCUGGCAAGCCAGUGCCACCUACGAUGGCUAUGACGGGCGAGAUAUCCCUCCGCGGCCGAGUCACCGCUGUCGGAGGUAUCAAGGAAAAACUCAUCGGGGCCCUCCGAGCGGGGGUUAAGACAGUGCUACUCCCAGCACAGAACCGUAAAGACGUCAAGGAUCUUCCUCAGGAAGUCAAGGAUGGUUUGGAGAUCCUCCAUGUAAACCACAUUUGGGAUGCGAUCCGACUGGUCUGGCCUGAUUCCCAUUGGGCCGAGGACCACCAGUUCGCUGGCCUCGAGAGCCGUCUAUAAGGGUUGUUCGUUUUGUCUGCUGGCGUCCCGGGAAUUCGGUCCUUGUGUCUUGCAUUUAUAAGGUACCCUUGUUGUAACCCUAAUCCAGCAUCAUGUACAUAAAGGGAGAUGGGAGCGUGGCAUAAGCUGAAAUGUAUCAGAUCUGAGACAAAAUAUCAUCAGAUUAUACAGAUGCUUAGUAUUGUACGAUGCUUCUCACUACUGCUGCUACCAGCAAUAGCUGUUGAUUUGAUUUGCCUAAGACAAUAAUAUACAAUUACUUGUAUCUCAUCUGUGUCUACGCUGUUCUGGCAGUCCGCAAUGUGGGAUAAGAGUGUUCGAGUUUUCUUUUCCCUUUCCCAUUUUCAAAAAUGGUCAGUG